AUGAGUGCUUCAGAUCCGAAUCUGGCUGCAGGAUCUCCCCAAGGAUCCCCGUAUGGAUCACCACAUGGACAAAGCCAAGGUGUACCUAUGCCUGAUGCUCCUGCUGGGCUUCCCCAACAACAGCUUCAAGGAGUUCAAGCUGAAAUGGCACACCUCAUGCGAAUGGUGGCAACAGCUGCGACGGCUGCAGCUGAGGCGGCAAAGGCUGCCACUGGUGCUUCACAGGGAAGUGCACCAGAUAGAAAGAAGGAACUCUACAAGCUCAUUCCAAAACCUGCGGUGUUUGCUCCAGGAGACCGAGAACAAGAAGUGGCGCAAUGGAGAGAUUGGUACUGGAGUCUGAAGCAGUACCUGACUGUCAUCGACAACAAGUUCGAGGAUGACAUCGCCUAUGUGGAAAGAAGCAAUGUGACUGAGGUCGACAUAGACUUGCUGGAGGAUGAGGAAAGACAUAGAGGUCGAUUCCUUUACAGCCUGCUGAGCUCACUCUUGCAAGGACGUCUUCUCAGUCUUGUGAGAAAUGUGGAUACAUCUAAUGGACUUGAAGCUCUGAGGCACUUGUUGGAGAAUUGCCAACCUCGUGCAAGAAACCGCACGAUGUCGAUGUUGCAGAGCAUCAUGUCCUACCCCAACUUCGUGAUGAAGAACUCCAUCAUGUCGCAGUUGGUGAGACUUGAGGAGCACUUCGUCCAGUUUGAGAAAAUGGGUGGAAAGCUGAUUGAUGAGAUGAAGUCAGCUGUGGUGCUCAAAUGUGUGAGCGGACCCCUGAAAAUCCACUCGAAUCUCAGUCUCAACGAGUCCAGCACCUAUGCACAAAUUCGAGAUGUCAUCAAGGCCUAUGACACAGCCACUACAAAGUGGACAGAUAGCGUGAGCAGCUCUCCGUACUCACCUCAAACUGCUCACUGGGCGGCAAAGCUGCUGAAGGGCAAGGGCAAAACCUAUGGUAAGCAAAACCCAUGUAGCUCUACGUCAACAACUUCGUGGAGCACAACUUCGAAAAGUGGAAAAGGUGGAGAUCAGAACGACAAGGGCAAAGGCAAGAGCAAGUCAAAAGAUGGUGUGACCUGCUUUAAUUGCGGUAGAGUUGGGCACAUGGCCAAAGACUGUUGGCGAGUGCGACAAGUUGGAAAUCCUGAGGCUUCAAGCACUGUCUUGUCUUCAGUGACUGGGCAGGAGAGUGUUGGCCCAUCAGUUUCACAGGCAGCCACAGCAGUCAAGCGAGUGGCAUUUUCAGCUGGAGAACAUGAGCCAGUGGUUUUCGACAUGAGAUCAAGUUCGACUUCAAGCUGGUGUCAUUGCAGGAUGGUGAAAUUCUUCUACAUUGACAAUGAGGAGUACAAGCCGAUGUCAAUCAGGAGCACUACAUUUGGUGGUGAGACCAACGAGCGUUAUGAGCUCGACACCAACGAGCGUUAUGAGCUCGACACCAAUGAGGUUGACAUCAUCAUUGACUCUGGGGCUGAUGCACCGAUCUUUUCAUCGAGCAUGAUCCACUGCGGAAGGCAAUGUGAUGGUCAGCAAGUGGCAUUGCAAGAUGCUCAAGGCAGGGAAAUUCCACUACUUGGACAGCGAUCGGUGGCAGUAGUCUUGGAGGACAAGAAUGGAGUGGAGAUAGAAGUGAGAGACAAUGUGGUCUUUUCGGAUGAGAUCAGCCAGCCCAUUUUGAGCUUUGAAAGGCUGAUGAAUGCAGGAUGGAGCAUUUGUGCUCAAACCAGAAGUCUUCGCAAUGGAGCCUACGAGAUUCCCUUGGACUUCCAGAACAACAGCUUGAUCGUUCGAGGACAUGUUCGAACGAUUGGAGAGCAGCCUCAAGCGAUUCGAGCUUUGAAGGCAGACCUCGCUCCAGGAUUGCAAGCCUACGUGGACAAUGCCUUUGGAUGGCAUCGAGAUGGAACACGCUGGGUCGGAGUUCACCUGAGCGACAAGUACGACUUUGUGAACGCUUGGGAGUCUGAAGAUGUGGAGAUGAUUGAAGAGAAGGCCAAGGAUGUAAAUGACAUCGAGGCUUUGUGGUCUGACGAUCCAUUGACGAGAUCACCGCCUGAGCCACUACCUGAGGUAGAUCGCCUGGCUGAUGAGAUCGAAGUCAACAGAUUGCAGGAGAUGGGUGUCAUCGAGAAGCUUGCCCUGAAGGACUACGAGUUGGAACUUCUUACAACUCGAAUGGUCUAUGACUGGCGCAUCAAGGAUUGUAAAGAUCCCAAAACAGGUUCAAUUCGGAGAAGGUGGAUGCGCAGGGCAAGACUGGUUGCACGUGAAUAUGCAAACCACCGACGAGAUGAUGUGCACUCUCCAGCAUCUGGCAGUCAAGUGUUGAGGCUGUUACCAGCCAUCUACCUGAUGCUCACUGCGGUGGACGGCAUUGACCAGGAGGAGAUCCAGAUUGUGGAGAAGCUUAUCCAGGAGUUGAAAUCCGAGCUCAACAUCUCCUACAAGAUUGCACAACAUGAAGGAGAUCAGUUCGAGUUCCUGAAGAGAAAGUACGUGCUGAGAGAGGAUGGGAUUGACAUCCUACCAGGAGGAUAUGCUGAGACCAUGAUCGAGGCCUUUGAGAAACGCUAUGGUCCGGUGAAACUUCAACAAGUUCCUUGCGGAGAUGACGCACAGGAAAUCUCAACGUUUCCGUUCAUCAUCAAGCAGCUGGCAAGUGGUAUGGGCAAUCCAUCGAGAGGUCAUUUGCAGGUGAUGAGAAAGCUAAUCGGGUACCUCAAGAACACCCGUGGUCACUACAACCGUGUGAAAGCUCCCAGUCAUGGACAAGGAGUUCAUCACCACUAUGAUUCGAAAUGGAUCUUGGAGACCUUCACCGACUCAGAUUGGUCGGGAGAUCGAAAAACAAGGAGAAGCACGAGCAGUGCAGUUCAUUGCUUGAAUGGCAUCGUGGUCUACCACAUCAGCCGAGGACAGCGUGUGGUGAGCCUUUCAAGUGCCGAAGCUGAGCUCCAUGGACUUGUUGGAGGAGCAGCUGAUGGCAUUGCGCUGAGGAUCUACUUGCAGUUUCUGUUGGAUGAGGAGGAGAUUCAACAUGUGUGCCUCAUCGACAAUUCAGACCAAGUCAGCAUGAAGGUCUUGGAGGUGAAGCAGAUCAGCACUUUGCUGAACAUCGGAGACAUUGGCACGAAACCAUUAGGCAAAGGACGUCUCUAUGCUCUCAUGCGCUGGUGCAAUGUCUUUACAAAAGAAGGAGUUCCAGUUGGAGAAGAAGAAGCUGCAAAAGCCAAAGAGACCCACUACAAUAAGACGAGCGUGAUGAGGAUUGCAAAAUUGAUUCAACGAGUGGUUUUGAUUGGUGGCCUUGAGCAGGCUAGCGGUGAGAUGGUCCCAUUUCGCAUGGAUCUCGAGACUGUGGAGGUCUACAAGGAGCGAAGUUGGACAUUCAUCUACAUCACUGUCAUGCGCAUCUUCUUUGUGUUAAUUGCAGUUUUCUACUACUUGCGCAAGAUCAUUCGAGAUCUACGUGGACAGCUUGCACACCUUCGAGCAGAGCUUCGAGAACAACAAGGUCUUCAGGAAAAUGAGAUACAGAUGCAUCAUAUGCACAUCACUGCGAUGAAUGUGGCAAUCAUUCGCAUGGGUGGCUAUGUGAACAUCAAUGAUCCCAUCACAGAGCAGGAUUGGGACAACUGGCACUAUGUGGAGCGCAACAACAAGACUGAUGACUUCAGAAAGUGUCGUCGUGAUCUUGAGGAGUUGCGCAAGUAUGUGCACAGGAGGAGGAGACAAAACACUCCACGACAUGGCUCAAGGUCUCGAGAUGAUGACGAGACUGUGGAGCCACCACAACGACCUGAAGAACUUGGAGAGGAAGAAUGGCCUGAGAACGUCAGGGAAGAGAGACGUGAACCAGAGCAAGCUGGAGGAGAAACAGAAGAGAUCGAUGGAGAACAUGCAGAAGGAGAAGAAUCUGAGAGCGAGUUGGAAAGAUCGCAGUCUUUCCAUAGUGGCACAAACGACACAAUCGCGAGCCAAUUCAUGACGGAGGAGUACUUAGAGUGGCCCGCUAUAGAUUGGACAAGCUCUCAUGAUCGAGCACAGCUGAGUGCCUACAUGAAGAUCUAUGAAUAUGGAAAACGCCAGGCAAAAGCCAUUGGCGACGGCUACAAUAGGUUGGCCGAAUGGUGUGCACCCAUAGAGUGUAUGCACGAGUUGGAUCCUUAA